GCCCUAAGAAACACAGCUCAUUGUUGGCAGCUGCCGGGCGGUCCUGCCGAGCUGUGAGGGCAGCAGAGGGGAAAUAAAAGGGAACGGCUCCGAAUCUGCCCCAGCGGCCGCUGCGAGACCUCGGCGCCGACAUCGCGACAGCUAGCGCCCUGCACGCCAGGAAGGCCCCCUCUAUGUGCUGCUGAGCCGGUCCUGGACCCGACGAUCCCGCCCUCGAUCUUCGGAGCUGCAAACGCAAAGACGGAAGGACUGGAAAUGGCAGACCAUAUGAUGGCCAUGAACCACGGGCGCUUCCCCGACGGCACCAAUGGGCUGCAUCACCACCCUGCCCACCGCAUGGGCAUGGGGCAGUUCCCGAGCCCUCAUCACCACCAGCAGCAGCAGCCCCAACAUGCCUUCAACGCCCUGAUGGGCGAGCACAUACACUACGGCGCGGGCAACAUGAAUGCCACGAGCGGCAUCAGGCACGCGAUGGGGCCGGGGACUGUGAACGGAGGGCACCCUCCGAGCGCGCUAGCCCCCGCGGCCAGGUUUAACAACUCCCAGUUCAUGGGCCCCUCGGUGGCCAGCCCGUGAGGCUCCCUGCCGGCCAGCAUGCAGCUGCAGAAGCUCAACAAUCAGUAUUUCAACCAUCACCCCUACUCCCACAACCACUACAUGCCGGAUUUGCACCCUGCUGCAGGCCACCAGAUGAACGGGACAAACCAGCACUUCCGAGAUUGCAACCCCAAGCAUAGCGGCGGAGUAGCAACAUGCCCGCCUCCGUGGCCCACGUCCCUGCUGCAAUGCUGCCGCCCAAUGUCAUAGACACUGAUUUCAUCGACGAGGAAGUGCUUAUGUCCUUAGUGAUAGAAAUGGGUUUGGACCGCAUCAAGGAGCUGCCCGAACUCUGGCUGGGGCAAAACGAGUUUGAUUUUAUGACGGACUUCGUGUGCAAACAGCAGCCCAGCAGAGUAAGCUGUUGACUUGAUGGAAACCCCGGCGAGAGAAAUCAAACCCCCAACUUCUUCGGUGUGAAUUAAAAAACAUUCCCUUAGACACAGUAUCUCACUUUUCAGAUCUUGAAAGGUUUGAGAACUUGGAAACAAAGUAAACUAAAAACUUGUACAAAUUGGUUUUAAAAAAAAAAAUUGCUGCCACUUUUUUUUUUUCCUGUUUUUGUUUCGUUUUUGUAGCCUUGACAUUCACCUCCCUUAUGUAGUUGAAAUAUCUAGCUAACUUGGUCUUUUUUGUUGUUUGUUUUUACUCCUUAUUUCCUCACUUUCUCCAGUGCUCAACUGUUAGAUAUUAAUCUUGGCAAACUGCUUAAUCUUGUGGAUUUUGUAGAUGGUUUCAAAUGACUGAACUGCAUUCAGAUUUACGAGUGAAAGGAAAAAUUGCAUUAGUUGGUUGCA